CAUAGAUUCAUCCUAACUUGUCGCGUUGCCUGAGCUGUUUGUGCGACCUAAUAGUAGUUGCCACAAAACAAUAUAGAAAUUUCCAUUCGGACCUAAUAUAUUCAGAUGUUCUGAGCAGUUCCUUCUAUCCUAAUUGUGCCCAUUUACUCCACACUCAUGUCCCGGAAUAUCUGCGAUCAAUCGUUUGACCUUUACGGGGAUAACCUUAGUUUGUUAGCCGAGAGAUUGAGAAAAAACUGGAUGCAAAAGCUCUCCAAUUCCGAACAAACUGAUGAUUCUUUAACCAGCCUUACGUGGUUAUAUGAUGCUAACCCUAUUUCAAUGAAUUUCGAAACCACUGAAAAUUAUGAAGUCCAAGAUAUAAGUAUCAAUUCACCUCUGCAUGAAAACUGUAGUAAAUAUUCCUUAAGUUGUGAUCCACCAUAUGCGGGAAGCCUUUUAGAUCCGCAGGUUCGAAUGGAUUAUCGAACCAAAUGGACUGGAAAACCUCCAUUCUCCUACGCAACACUUAUCUGCUUGGCAAUGCGCGAACUUGGGAAACCCAAAGUUACGCUGUCGGAUAUCUAUGGUUGGAUAAUGAAUAAUUUCGCUUACUAUCGACAUACAGAUUCAAGCUGGCAGAAUUCUGUGCGUCACAAUCUAUCACUCAAUAAGUGUUUUGAGAAAGUUCCCCGUGAUAAAGGUGAAAGGGGUAAAGGAGGAUUUUGGAGGGUAAAUCCCAGGCAUAUUGACUGGCUGGAAGCGAAUUUAGCUAAAUGUCGACGAGCUGCACCACCUCCUGGACCACCACCACCAAUCCCAAGAUCUAUGCUUUUACAGCAACGUAAAAUACAACAACAGGCUCUUUUGCCGAGAAAUUUAAUUUUGUCUCCUCCAUCUGUUUCAAUGAACAACUCAGGUACUAAUCAUGCAUCGUUUACUGCAAAUAUCUGUGUUCCUGAAUUAUCGCCUGAUUCAAUUAAAAAUCACCAAAUUUCUGCUUUAUCACCAUCUUCACAUUCCUCCUUAUCUUCUUCUCCAUUAUCGUUUGCACCCGUUGGCUCACCCGCAAAUUUUCAGUCAACUAAAAUAUCGGUGACAUCAAGUCAUACAACAUAUCAAAACUCAGUGCAUACAAUUCUUAUGAAUCAUAGUGUAGUUUCUGAAAUGAACAAUUCAUCAAUUUUACCUCCAUUGUCUAUCUCUGGCAAUGUGUCACAGUCUUGUGUAACACAAACAGUGGCAGGUCAUCGUCGCAAGAGUCCUCUGUUCAAAAAUUCCCAGAUGGGAAUGGCACAUAAUGCUUUAUUGGAGUCAGAUGACGGCUUAUCUGAUGAAGAUACCUCAUUAACAUGGGGUGAAAGUACACAUUUUAUAAAUAAAUCCCCAAAUAUUCCCUCUAAAUCGAAUCAUUGUGAUCUUAAUCAUAAUAUAUCAAGUCAACAUUCUGACUGGAAUAAAAGAUCCCGAUAUAUGAAUGCAAACGUUAAUUCAAUCAACUUCAAAAAUGCACAGAGUCAAUCACUGUCUCGUAAUGAUAACAAUAAUAAUCAUAAUGCAGAUCAACAAUUUCCUUAUAAAAUAAGAUCAAAAUCUAGUCUUGAUAAGUCAAACAUCACUAAUCGUGGCACAGUUAUCGAACGCUUGAAACGAUCAAAAUCUAAGCAAAACGUGAAAUCAUCUGGAUCAAAUGAACUGAAGGUGCUUCCAACUCGAGUGUUACCACCACGUCAAAGAUAUUCUCGUUGGGCUCUUCCGCGUCCAAAUCCCAUCACAUCCAACAACUCACAAAAUCCCACUAAUGAAAGUGAAACAUGCACUAACAAUAAAUUGGAAACGUCUACUUCUAGAAAAAGCAAAAAGCAGGAUAAUGAUAAACGGGUAGCAUGGAACUCGAAAGAUGCCUUAGGAAAGUGUGGUGGGUUAAGUCCUUUACUAAACUGCAUCGACAGUUAUGAUGGGGAUCAUAGUGAUGAUAACAAUAAUAGUAAUAUUAAUUGUGAUAAAGAUUCCGGCUAUUUAUGGUCAUCACUCAACAAAGCAGCAAGCAAUCUGACAGAUGUUUUAACUAAUCACACUCAUACACAAAUGAAAAGAGAAAAUUCAUCUGAUAAUCAUCCAUCAUCUUGUGGUUCAUGCAAAGACUACAGUUUACCCAAUUACAAUACAUACUAUGUAGGAGAUGAUAACAUACAAAUGAUUAAUAACAAUAAUAACAAUAUUAAAAGACAAACCGCUAGCUUAUCUGCAUGUUCAUCUAGCUCUUCAGCGUCAACUUUUUCUUAUCAUUCUGAUGUUCCUAACGAACGUCAUAGUUCAAACUCGAUAGAUCCUUUUCAUUCUUCAUCAGGCGUUGCACAUGUCUGCCAGCCUUCACCAUUUAAUGAUGAUAGUGGAGUGAUGCUGAAAAGCGGAUCUCUCGCAUGUGACUCUUUACAACAACAACAACAACAACAAGGUCAAUCCUUGUCUGCAACACUAACAUGUGGUAAUGAUUUGCCAAAUAAAUCAUCAGAAGCUGAUAAAACAGUCCUACCUAACUGGGCUUCUCUGUUUCUAUCUGAUGAUGACGACACCAGUGAUUUAGACUGCUUAUUCAAUGAUAAUAAUGAUAUUAAUAAACAAAAUAAUGAGUCUUUCAAUUUGUUUACUAGUGAAAGCUUUGAGUCGGGAAUUCAUUCCACUUCAACACUACACUCCCCAACAACAUCUUUAUCAUCACCGCUAUCACAACCACCGUCACAACCUUCUUCGUGUUCUUUGACAACAUCAUCAUCCUUUUUGUUUAUAACUGAUAAAAAUGAUGCUGAAAUUUUCGUGAAUGAUUCUAAACACCCUACAGAUGCUUCAGACAUUCACUCGUCAAAUAAUAACAGUAAUAGUAAUAAUAAUAAUAAUAGUAAUAACCCAAUACUGGUGGAAGACCUUGGCUUAGAUACAGCUAAUUUGGACUUCGAUUCGUUGGAUGAAUUAGUAGGCGGCAAUGGAGCUAUUCCCCUGGAUAUUGACUUUUCUUUAACAACCAGUUUUAAUAAUGAUGCAUUUCUAGACUCAAAUGAUUCAUUAUCACAUGACUGGAAUGCAUCUAUGAACAGUAAUCACACUAAUAUUAGUAGUAGCACCAGCCAGGGUAGCAAUAAUAAUAAUAAUAAUAACGACAUUGCUUGUAGUGCACUAUAUGAUAAAAUUAAACAACACGAGAAUCAACCACAAUGGCCUGAGAGUUUAGAAGUUGAAAAUGAUGUUGUCAUCCCACUGCAACAGAAUGCAUCAAAUGAUUCUCAAUGGUUGAAUGCUUCGUUCCCGUUCAAUUCAUCAAAUAGUUUAACAAUGUUUCUAUCUGAAACAACACCUGUUCAUAUAUUUGAGGGAAAUUUUUAA